AUGGAGCUCGAGCAGGAUGAGCAGCACCCGGACCGAAGCACGGUGCCGCAGGUGCAGUGCUGUUUGUGCGGCCUGGUGAUCGACAGCAACCUCAGCAACAUGUGUCCCAACUGCCUCCGUGCCCACGUUGACAUCACCGAUAACCUGCAGAAGGAGUACAUCCUCAUUCACUGUCCAGAGUGCGGUCGAUACCUGCAACCGCCCAAGUACUGGGCUCGCGCCGAGCUGGAGAGUCGCGAGCUACUUACAAUCUGCCUGAAGCGCAUCAAGGGGCUAAAUAGCAGCGCUGGCAGCAACAGCAGCGCCGGAAAGGCGAGGCUGGUCGAUGCCAAGUUUCUCUGGACGGAGCCGCACAGCAAGCGUAUCAAGCUGCGCCUCACCGUGCAGAAAGAGGUCUUCCAUCACGUUGUUCUUCAGCAAGCGUGCCUCGUCGAGUACGUCGUGACGUGGCAGCAGUGCAGUGUCUGCCAAAAGGUCGCCACCGGCCAGCCGCAGUGGGAUGCGUGCGUGCAGCUCCGUCAGAAAGUGAGCCACAAGAAGACGUUUCUCUACCUGGAGCAGCUCAUCUUGAAGAAACGACUGCACGAGAACUUCAUCCGAAUUGAAGGGCAGCCGGACGGCCUAGACUUCUUCUUCGCCCACAAGAGUCACGCCAUGAACUUCUUGGAGUUCUUGAACAAGACAGCACCUGUGACGCGCCGCGAUGCCGUGCAGCUCGUUUCUCACGACUCGAAGAAUAACACCGCCGUGCAGCACUUCACGUUCGCGCUCGAUAUUGCACCGCUCUGCCGUGAGGACCUUAUUCUUAUCCCGUACAAGGACUACUACCUCAAGUCUCUGGGUGGGAUGGGCCCGCUGGUGCUGGUGCACAAGGUGUUCAGCUCCAUCGUCUUCAUGGACCCACGAACGUUGCGUGCUGGCGAAAUCACCGGUAGCCUGUACUGGAAGAAGCCCUUCGCAUCACUGCAGACAUCGCGCGAGCUGGUGGAGUUCUACGUGCUCGAGUGCCAGCUGAUGCCCGUCACCAACGGCACCUACCAACUUGGCCUGGUCACCGUGUGCCUCUCUGACGAGGUCGGUGAGGGUCGCGAGUGGAUCGUGCAGUCUCACCUCGGCGGUGUGCUGCACCCGGGCAGCCUCGUGAAGGGUUACCUGCUGGAGGGGCGCAUCUUCAACAACGAGGACCUGGAUGAGAAUCGCUACAAGCCCGAGCAGCUGCAGGAUGUUAUCCUCGUGCGUAAAGUCUUCCCGUCGCAGAAAGCGCGCCGCCACCGUCGUUUGUGGAAGCUAAAGAAGCUCGAAAUAGUUACCUCUCAGGGUGGGGCAACGAGCAUCAGCGGGCUCGACAGCCGCGGCGGCGCCAACGCGAGCGGCGGCGCGAACGACGACGAGGGUGAGUUCGAGGACGAAAUCGAACGCGAUGCGGAGCUGCGCAAGGACGUCGCUAUCUAUCGUAUGAUGGAUAAGGAGAUCGAGGCGAGGGGUGGCCCCAUAGCUGCUGCGGCGGAUGCAGCAGAGGACGAGUACGAGGAUGACGACGAGGUCCCUGAGAUAGCACUGGAGGAGAUGUUGGACGAACUUCAGAUUGACGACGGCGUUGAGCCAGCAGAUGUCGAGGAAAGCCUCAUGACUGACGAGAACAGCGACAACGAGGAGGUGGCAGACAUCCGCAAGAAAAUGCGCAUCGAGUGA